ACUUCCCAGCUGCACAGAAAAGAAAGGCCAGCAGUCAAAGCAAAGACACUUCUCUCAAACCCUUUCUACUGAAAACAACAGCCACGUAGGAAAAGACAUGCCCCCACUCUGGGCGGUGGUGACCGUAACUUCACUGGUCUUCCUGAGGACAUUCUCCAUCACUCAGGAUCAGGCCCUGGAGGAAGCCUGGAGAGGGUGGAAGGGAGUCCACGCCAAGGAAUACCUUGAGGAGGAAGAGGCAUUCCGAAGGGCAGUCUGGGAGAAGAACAUGCAAAAGAUCAAGAUUCAUAACCUUGAGGCUUCCUUGGGGAAGCACAGCUACCAGCUAGCCAUGAACCACUUGGGUGACCUGACUGACGAAGAGUUUAACCAGUUGCUGAAUGGCUUCCAUCCUGACCCGGUCAAGCGCCGUGGUGGGAACCUGGCCUUCUUCCAAAAAUCAGCCUCCCUGAAGACCCCCAAAGAAGUAGACUGGCGCAAAAAAGGUUAUGUCACCCCAGUGAAAAAUCAGGGCCACUGCGGGGCAUGUUGGGCCUUCAGUGCCACUGGGGCUCUGGAGGGUUUGCUCGUCAAUAAAACGGGGAAGCUGGUUUCGCUCAGCGAACAGAAUCUCAUCGACUGUUCCGGGAAGCUAGGGAACCACGGCUGCCACGGGGGUUACAUCAGACGGGCCUUUGAGUACGUGCGGGAUAAUGGGGGCAUCAACUCAGAGGGCGCCUACCCAUACUUGGAAAAGGAGGGAUUCAGCUGCCAUUACAACCCCCAGGAUCGAGCAGCCAACUGCACUUCUGUGGUGGCAGUUCAGCGGGGGAGUGAAGAAGACCUGGAACAAGCCGUGGCCACCAUUGGUCCCGUUUCAGUGGCCGUGGAUGCUCAUAACUUCCCCUUCCAUUUCUAUAAGUCAGGGGUAUUUUCUACCAUCUUCUGCAGUGACUCUGUUAACCAUGCCAUGUUGGCAGUUGGCUACGGCACCUCCCCAGAAGACGGGAAGCAGUACUGGAUCCUGAAGAACAGCUGGUCUGAAAAAUGGGGCGAGCAAGGUUACAUGCGAUUGGUGAAGGGAGCUGACAAUCACUGCGGGGUAGCCAGCCAAGCGAGCUAUCCCACCAUGUAACCGACCCAGCGGCCAGGAUCCCUCCCUUAAUCUUCUCCGCCUCAGAGCCUGUUUGUGCUGCUGCUUUGAUCGCAUCAUUUGUGACACACCCCAAAUCGAAAAUCAUUCUUCAAUCUGGACUUUCUCAAAUGUUGGCACAAAUCUGACUUAGCUUGCAUUUUGGGGAGAAAUUUGCACGCACUUUGGAUAUGGGUGCUCUUUUCUUUCUUAAAACCACAGAGGCUAAAAGAAAUAUGGAUAACCUCACCGAAGAAAAAAUAAUGUGCGUUGCUUGACAGUAAUCUUGAAAAUUAGUUGUCCAGUCUGUAAAAAUAAAUUU